AUCACCUCUGUCUUUCCUUGGCACUGCCUUCCCCGUCCAAAGUCCCAGGGUACUUUUUUGAUAAAGCAGAUACUCCUGCCAUCACAGUCACUCUGCUCUACACCUUGACACCUUGACACCAUCUCCGGACGACCUCUUGUCUGACCUGUUCACUCAGAAUGGAUUCCUCUGGGGAGAACUUGUACGAGAACCCAGAGUCCACCUACCAGAACCAGCCGUCAAAUAUAUACGACACGAGCUACGAGGAGACGACGUACGAAGAGCCCUCCAACCUGACAGCAGAGUACGAGAACACUGGACGGGCCGUAGGAAGAAUACCAGCUCCCCCUCCUCUCCCUCCACCUUGCCCUCCCACCGAGGAGAGGCGAAGCAGUUCCUCCUCAUCCUCAUCCUCGUCCUCCUCAUCUUCCUCGCACGCUGAAGAAGAAGAAAAAGAGGAGAAAGCAGAGGUUGAGGACUGGAGCAGGGAGGAAGAGAAAGAGGAAGAGGAAGAGGAGAAAGAGGAAGAGGAAGAGGAGAAGAUAGAGGAGGAGGUGAGGAGCAAUGAGUUGAAUUGGGAGAGGAGGUCCCCAGAGUUGAGAUCCAGAUCGUCAUCUUCAUCAUCGUCAUCUUCAUCGGCGUCUGAGAAGGAGGAAGAUCAGAAGAAGCCAGCACCUGAGAAGGAGGACCUAAGUAUCAUUCUCUAUGUUAAGGCUGGGAGUGAUGGAGAGAGCAUUGGAAACUGUCCUUUCUCUCAGCGCCUCUUCAUGAUCCUCUGGCUGAAAGGUGUAGUCUUCAAUGUCACCACCGUUGACCUCAAGAGGAAACCUGCUGACCUUCAUAACCUGGCCCCGGGGACGCACCCACCUUUCCUCACCUUCCAGGGGGAGGUUCUCACUGACGUCAACAAAAUAGAGGAGUACCUGGAAGAAAUGCUAGCUCCACCAAAGUAUCCCAAACUUGCAGCAAAGAAUCGUGCAUCCAACACAGCAGGAAAUGACAUAUUUGCCAAGUUCUCGGCUUACGUCAAAAACACAAGACCAGAUAAAAAUCGAGGAUUAGAAAAGAGUCUAAACAGGGCCCUGGCUAAGCUGGAUGAGUAUCUAAUGGGUCCACUACCUGACGAGGCCCAGGCGGGAUACCACAGUGGCGAAUCCAAACGCAAAUACCUGGAUGGAGAUGAACUGACGCUGGCUGACUGCAACCUUCUGCCCAAACUUCAUGUCCUGAAGGUGGUUGCAAAGAAAUUCAGAAAUUAUGACAUCCCAUCAGAAUUCACAGGGGUGUGGCGUUACCUCGGCAACGCCUACGACCGGGAUGAGUUCACCAACACGUGCGCUGGUGAUGUGGAAAUCGAGCUAGCCUACAGGGACGUAGCUAAGAGGCUGGGAAAAUGAGUGCAUCACAACCACAGUCAUUGAAUGUACCUUUCUCUGUUUGUAGAAAAAUCUGCAAAAUCAUACUUCUGACACACAGUAAUACGCUCUUUGAGUCAUUUUUAAUAGUACAGCGCUGAAAUGUAUUCAAAUGUAGCAUGGUGGAAUCGUCUCAAAGCGGAGACGCGUUCACGUAAUUCUUUGUUUUUUUAAUGUGCUGUCUCAAGUCUGUGAUAAACAUGUUGGAAAAGGCUGAAAAUUGUUUGGAUAAAAACAAACAAAAAAAAACUUUUUUAUUUAUUGGCAAAAAAAAAAAAAAAAAGUUUGCAAAUGACCAUUUGUUAAACCCAUACCCUGAACAACUGUAGCCUAGCCUAGCUUUGGAUUUCUGAGCAUAUAAAAUGUACAUGGGGUUAAUUUUUCAUCUAAAAAACCAAUAACACAAAAGAAAAGGUGUAAAAAAUGAAUUAAACCGUGUCUGCUUUAACGUAAGCUUACCACCUAGUAACCUAGCAUUAUUUCCAAGGCCAAUGAGCAUAUUGUUAGCUACAUUGGCUCAAAUGGUUACAGGUUACAUAACUAGUUAUAUAAAAUCACAUCUAGUGAGUUUAACGUGAGGUAACGUUAGCAGCUCUUUCAUGCCCUCUAUUGGAUAUGGGGAACACCAGCUAACGUUAUCCAAGAUAGCAUUAAGUUUGCCAAAUACAUCGAUUAGUCCUCAUCUGUAAAGACUAUGUCUUCUGUUAAAAGUGAAACAGAAAGUAUGUA